AUGACGGCCAUGGUCGAAGCUCCUGUAGUGAGCGCGGAUAUCCUAUCCACCUUGGGCCAUGCCCCUUCCACAGACGGGGAGAUCCCACGGGUUGAGUCAACAGAGCUACCUGAAAUGGUCCACGACCACAAUUCCAUACACACUGGCACAGCAGAGCGCCGCACGAACGGAGAUGUCGUAAAUGACCCGUUUGAGCUGGCUUCUGAGUAUGCGUAUACGCCACGGAAGCUGAAGGUCUUUACAAUCGGCGCGGGCUUCUCUGGACUACUCAUGGCCCACAAAUUCCAGCAUCGAUUCCCAGAGAUGCAGGACAUUGUCGAACACACGAUAUUCGAGGCGCUGCAUGACGUUGGGGGUACCUGGCUCGUGAACGACUAUCCCGGCGUUCAAUGCGAUGUGCCAGCCCACAUCUACGCGUUUCCAUUUGAUCCCAACCCUGACUGGCCUCGUUUCUAUGCCAGCGGUGCUGACAUCUUGGCCUACAUUAAGAGGACGGUUAAGAAAUGGAACUUGGACCGUGACCUUAAGCUCAAUACGAGGGUUGUAGGCGCCCACUGGCAAGAGGAUAUCGGGCAGUGGAAGGUAACGGUAGAACACGAAGGCAAGCAGCGGGAUGAAUUCUGCCACGUUUUGAUAUCUGGCCAAGGCGUUCUCGUCCAUGAAAACUGGCCCAGCAUACCCGGUUUACGAGACUUCAAGGGCCAAAUCACACACUCAGCGCGUUGGGAUCAUAACUACGACUACUCCAAUAAGAGAAUCGCAGUGAUUGGCAAUGGCUCCUCCGGCAUUCAGAUCGUGCCACAGAUGGCCAAACUCCCCGGAACAGACGUUAAAAACUUCAUCCGGGGGCCUGCGUGGGUGUAUUACCGCGCGCCCCCAUCGAAACACCUUGGAAGGGAAUUUGACGAUCCGAAUCCGGAGUACACUGAGGCUGAGAAGAACAAGUUUCACGAUCCGGAAGAGCAUCUCAUCCACAGAAAGGGUAUCAUCUCGCGGACGAACAAGUCGUUCUACAUCUUCCUGAAAGGCGACAACAACAAGGAGGGGGUGAGACUGGCGGCCGAGCAGAUGGCCGAGAAGCUGAACCACGACCCAGUCCUGUGCGAACAAUUGAUCCCAAAGUGGGAGCUUGGCUGCCGCCGUAUAACACCCGGUCCGGGUUAUCUCGAGUCUUUCCUCCGACCCAACUGCCACUUGACGAACAGUGGCAUCAUGAGGAUUACCGAGAAUGCGGUACACACUGCAGACGGUCAAGUCUACGAGUGCGACGUCGUUGUUUGCGCGACGGGAUUUGAUGUCUCGCAUCGCCCGCGUUACCCCAUCGUAGGGCUGAACAAGAAGGUGGACCUGCGAACAGAGUGGGCUGACGAUCCGGAGUCCUAUCUUUCUGUUGCCGUUCCAGAGUAUCCCAACUACUUCAUGAUGAUGGGCCCCAACUGCCUUGGUGGCCAUGGCUCACUAGUUGAGUCAUUGAACUGGACCGGCGACUAUUUCGUCAAGUGGGUGAAGAAGAUGGCGACAGAGGAUAUCAAGUACGUCCACCCGAAGAAAUCGGUCGCAGAUGCCUUUAUCAAGUACGGCGACCAAGUCCACAAAACGCUUGUGUGGACUGGGAGUUGUAGCAGCUGGUACAAGAGAGGCAAGGUGAACGGCAGAGUGACGGCUCUUUUUGGAGGGAGUGCACACUUGUUUCAACGCAUGUUGAGCGACAUCCGUGCCGAGGACUUUGAAAUAACAUACAACACGGCAAAUCCGUUCAGGUUCAUGGGCAAUGGAUUCACAGCAUUUGAGAUGGAUCCAAAAAGCGACUUGUCGUGGUACGUUGAAAAAGCCGAGGUCCUGAACGAGUAG